UUGUUUAGGUGGAGAGUCCUGAAGCUAUUAGGAUCAGGUGGCUUCGGGGAUGUAUACAAAGUUGUGAAGGAGAAUGAUCCUGACAAGCAGGAAUAUGCAAUGAAGACUGAGAUGUGUGAAGGAGAUAAGCGCAUGCUUCGACUCAAAAUUGAAGUACGAGUUCUUGGACUUUGUACACUAGUAGAGAAUCCGGACAAGAAAAAACACUUCCUUGAAUUGAUUGAUCGCGGAAAGACGGAAAAGUUCAAGUUCCUCGUUAUGGGUCUGGUGGGAAAAUCGCUCGAAGAUCUUCGAAAGAAUGUGGUUUGCCGAAACUUCUCGAAGUCAACGGGUAUGCAAGCUGCUUUACAAACACUCGUAUCGAUAGGCGAUCUGCAUGAUGUCGGAUAUCUGCACAGGGAUAUCAAACCGCAAAAUUUUGCGAUAGGAUUAGGUGAAAACGAGAAGAUGAUUUACAUGCUAGACUUUGGAAUUGCUAGAAAGUUCACAGUUGGCAACACUAAACAAGUGAAAGUUCCACGUCUUCAAGUGAAAUUUUUGGGGACGCUCCGAUUUGCGUCACGCGCUUGUCACAACGGCAUCGAACAAGGCCGAAAAGACGAUCUGGAGACAUGGAUUUUUAUGGUGUUUCUUAUACUAUAG